AUUCUUUGCUCGACAAAACGCAACAAAUAUAUUUUUUAAUCCAUCGCGACAACACCAACUCUCUUUAACAAAACUAAAAAAUAUUUUCCUGCCGGAAACUGCUGCGAGUACGUUAGCUAAACGGACGUUUCGCUCCUGUCACCACCUGACGCAACUGUGCUCUAAGGUCACCAGGUGAAACAGCAGGCUGCAGUGAUGUCAUCAGAGCCCAAGCCCUCCAAACCCCCUACUCCCACCCCAGGGGACACGUACAAGGGCUGGCUGUUCAAAUGGACCAACUAUAUCAAAGGCUACCAGAGACGCUGGUUUGUUCUUAGUAAUGGACUCCUCUCAUAUUACAGGACCCAGGCAGAGAUGGGCCACACGUGCCGCGGCACCAUCAACCUGGCCACGGCCAACAUUGUUGUGGAGGACUCGUGCAAUUUCGUCAUUUCCAAUGGGGGCGCACAGACCUACCACCUGAAGGCCAACUCGGAGGUGGAGCGCCAGCGCUGGAUCACCGCCCUGGAGCUGGCCUUCCACACAGGGAACGAAUCCGAUGACUCAUGUGAAGACAGUCCCUCAGCGCCCCCUACAUCAGGACACGGCAGCGGGCGUACCUUAGAAAUCCAAUCUACACUGCGCACACUCAGCAGCAAGGUGGAGGACCUCAAUACCUGCAACGAUCUCAUUGUCAAGCAUGGAUCUGCCCUACAAAGGUCUUUGUCAGAACUGGAGGGGAUCCAGCCCGGAGCGGACAUGGGCGAGAAGAUUAGACAAGUGACCGAGCGGGCGACGCUAUUCCGAAUCACGUCCAAUGCAAUGAUCAACGCAUGCCGAGACUUCUUGUCCCUGGCUCAGAACCACAGCAAGCGCUGGCAGAAGGCCUUACAGCUGGAGAGGGACCAGCGGGUCAGGCUGGAGGAGACUCUGGAACAGCUGGCUAAGCAGCACAACCACUUGGAGAGAGCAUUUCGGGGAGCAACAGUGCUCCCGUCGUCGUACAGCAACCCCACCUCAGGUAGCAAAGGUGCGCUUUCAGGAAAAGGAGACUCCAGUGACGAGGAUGACAACAUUGUGUUCUUUGACGCCAUGGAGGACCCAGCGGAGUUCAUCACAGUCCCUGCCGACCCAAAAUAUCACAGGAGAUCUGGCAGCAAUAUAAGCGGAUUCAGCAAUGAGACCGGAAUGGACGACCAGUCAGUAAACUUUGACGAGUUGUCGAUGGCCUCCAGCCCAGAGUCCCCGCAGUCCAUGGAGCCUGUCAGACAAAGGCGGACUCGCAUCCCCGACAAGCCCAACUAUUACCUUAACUUGUGGAGCAUCAUGAAGAACUGCAUUGGAAAGGAGCUGUCAAAGAUACCAAUGCCUGUGAACUUCAACGAGCCUCUCUCCAUGUUGCAACGUCUGUCUGAGGACCUGGAGUACUACGAGUUGCUGGACAAGGCGGCAAAGUGCCAGAGCGCUCUGGAGCAGAUGUGCUAUGUGGCGGCCUUCACUGUUUCCUCCUACUCCACUACCGUCCACCGCACUGGAAAACCCUUCAACCCUCUGCUGGGAGAAACCUUUGAGCUGGAUCGCCUGAGGGAGUGUGGCUAUCGUUCCCUCUGUGAGCAGGUCAGCCACCACCCGCCCGCCGCAGCCCACCACGCCUUCUCUGAAAAAGGCUGGACUCUCAGACAAGAAAUCACCUUGGCCAGCAAGUUUCGAGGAAAAUAUUUGUCCGUCAUGCCUCUGGGUUCAAUCCACUGCAUGUUUGCCAAGAGCAACAACCAUUACUCUUGGAAGAAAGUCACCACAACAAUACACAAUAUUAUUGUGGGCAAGUUAUGGAUCGAUCAGUCAGGGGAGAUCGAUGUGGUCAACCACAAGACGGGGGAUCACUGCCACCUGAAGUUUGCUCCCUACAGUUACUUCUCUAGAGACGUGCCAAGAAAGGUGACGGGCGUGGUGACAGACAAGGACGGAAAGGCGCAUUACGUGCUGUCGGGCACCUGGGAUGAGAAGAUGGAGUUCUCCAGGAUCAUGCAGAGCAGCAAGAGCGAGAACGGCGCCGAGGGCAAACAGAGAACCGUCUACCAGACUCUCAAAGCCAAAGAAAUCUGGAGGAAAAACCCGUUGCCUGAGGGAGCAGAGACCAUGUACUUCUUCUCCUCACUGGCCCUGACGCUCAACGAGCCCGAAGAGGGGGUGGCGCCCACCGACAGCCGACGGCGGCCUGACCAGCGGCUGAUGGAGGACGGGCACUGGGAUGAGGCCAACGCCGAGAAACAGAGGCUGGAGGAGAAGCAGCGGACGGCCCGCCGGGAGAGGGAAAGGGAGGUGGUCAAGGCGGCCCACGCACCAGAGGAUGCUUCCACCCAGGAACCUACCAGCGACUCACCUUUAAAAACUGAUGCAGACGAGGCCGAAACGGAAGACAGUGAGGUUUCUGAUGAAACCUCUCACGGAGAAGCACCCGCAUCCUGUCAAAUGGAAGGCAGUGAAGCUUCUUGUGGAGUCCCCCCCAAAACCCCCCAUCCAGACAGCUACCAGGCGCUGUGGUUUGAGAAGAUUGACGACGCCAAGUCAGGAGACACCCUGCACGUCUACAAAGGGGGCUACUGGGAGACCAAGGACACCGGUGUGUGGGACAUGUGCCCGGACAUCUUCUGACGGACACAACCUCAGCAGGCGUGAAGACGGUGCGAAGCUUCCACCUUAACGACGAGUCACGCGCUCAUCAUUGAACUGAACUGAGCGCCAUCUUUUUGUGUUUGUUGUUUUUCAGCAGAUUUUCCCUCUCAGGAUGCGAUUGUGUGUUUUCCGGGCUCCACACCGCCACAGUAAACCCCACGUACUUUGUGGGAACACCAAGCACACAAGCCAAAGUUGAAUGAACGCUGCGUUCGCUUUAGCACCAAUCAUCCAAAACAUGCAUGAACACGAAAAGCUCCAAAUGAUUCAUGGCUUUUUAUGUGCUGUAUUUCAGCUGGAAAUGACACUAAAAUGUGACAAAAGAAUUCAUAGUCAUUAAUAUCUUUUAUUUAUCAUCACAGGCAUAUGUAGUUGUGUCCAAAGUGCGGCCCGGGGCCAAUUGCGGCUGGAAAAAUAUCAUUUAUAAAGAAAACUUUUUUAAAAAAACAUUAAAAAUGGAAAAAUCAGCAAUCAUUUUUACAAGAAUAAAGUAAAAGGAUAAGAGAAAAAAGUUGUAAUCUAACGAGAAAAAGUCAUAAUUUUAUAAGAAUAUCAAGUUUAAAUAUUGAAGAAAGUCGGAAUAUGACAAACACAACAAAAUAAAGCAUUCAUUUUUGGAAAAUUAAGUUGGAGAAAGAGUUAUAAUAUUAUGGGAAUAAGGUCAAAAUAUUAUAGGAGUAAAGUCAUAAUUACAAGAAGAAAAUUCAGUAACAAGAAAGUUGAAAUAAUUGGGGAAAAAAUCUGCAGUAAUUAAGAAGACAGCUGUCAUUUUAAUAAAAAAGUCAAAAUAUUAUGAGAAAAAAGUUGGAUUCUAACGAGAACAAACCUGUCGGCGGAUCUCAUCCACCCCCGGGGCCCAGCCCUCGAGAUAGGAGAGUCCCCCGGCACUGCUUCCUCAAUGGAAGAGUUGUCGGUGGGAUUGAGGCGGUCUUCGAAGUAUUCCUUCCACCGGUCCACAACAUCUGGAGUCCAGGGCAGCAGCACAACAUCCCCACCAUACACAGUGUUGACCAUGCACUGCUUCCCCCACCUGAGACGGCGGCUGGUGGUCCAGAAUAUCUUAGAAGCCGUCCGGAAGUCGUUUUCCGUGGCUUCUCCGAACUCCUCACAUGUCUGAGUAUUUGCCUCAGCGACCGGCAGAGACACAAGACCGCUUGGCCUGCUGGUACCAGUCAGCUGCCUCCCGAGUCCCAUGGUGUCUGGUGUCCACCAACGGGUUCUGGGAUUACCGCCGCAACUGGCCCAGACCAACUUACGGCCACAGCUCCAAUCAGCUGCCUCGACAAGGGAGGCAUGGAGCAUGGCCCACUCAGACUCUAUGUCUGCCGCUUCCCUCAGAACAUGGUCAAAGCUCUCCCGUCUCCUUCUGACAUUCCCAGCAGACCCUCACAAUACGUUUAGGCCUGCCAGGUCCAGCCGGCAUCCUUCCCCACCAUCGGAGCCAACUCCCCACCAGGUGGUGAUGGGUUGACAGCUCCGCCCCUCUCUUCACCAAAGUGUCCUAAACAUGUGGCCGCAAGUCAGACGACACGACCACAAAGUCGAUCAUCGAACUGCGGCCCAGGGUGUCCUGGUGCCAGGUGCACGUAUGAACACCCUUAUGCUGGAACAUGGUGUUUGUUAUGGACAAUCUGUGACGAGCACAGAAGUCCAAUAACAAAACCGCGCUCAGAUUCAGAUCAGGGGGGCCGUUCCUCCCAAUCACACCUGUCCAGGUCUCACUUUCACCGCCAACGUGAGCGUUGAAGUCCCCCAACAGAACAAGGGAAUCCCCCAAGGUAUUCUGAACUACUGUUUGGCGCAUAAGAACAAACAACAGUCAGGAGCCGCCCCCCCACCCGAAGGCGAAGCAAAAUUACUCUCUCGUUCACCGGGUUAAACUCCAACCUACAGGCCCUGAGCUGGGGGGCAACAAGAAUUGCCACCCCUGCCCGUCGCCUCUCACUGCUGGCAACGCCAGAGUGGAAUAAAGACCAACCCCUCAAGAGGACUGGUUCCAGAGCCUUUGCUGUGCGUUGAGGUGAGUUUCACUGCAGUAUAUCUAGCCGGAACAUCUCCACCUCACCCACCAGCUCAGGCUCCUACCCCACCAGAGAGGUGACACUCCACGUGCCAAGAGCUAGCUUCUGCAACCGAGGAUGGGACCACCAAGGCCCCUGCCUUAGGCUGCCACCCAGCUCACUCUGCAUCUGACCCCUUUGAGUGGUGAGUUCAUGGGAGAGGGGACCCAUGUUGCCUCUUCGGGCUGUGCCCGGCCGGACCCCAUGGGUGCAGGCCGGGCCAUCAGACGCUCCCCAUUGUGCCCCACCUCCAGGCCUGGCUCCGGGGGGGGGUUGUGUCCGUCAGAAGAUGUCCGGGCACAUGUCCCACACACCGGUGUCCUUGGUCUCCCAGUAGCCCCCCUUGUAGACGUGCAGGGUGUCUCCUAACUAGACGUCGUCAAUCUUCUCAAACCACAGCGCCUGGUAGCUGUCUGGAUGGGGGGCUGGGAGGAGCAAACAAGGGAGUUCAUUAUUGGACAUCCCUGCAGGCUCAAAGGCCACCGUGCUCUUGGCGAGCUCAAACGCGAGCUCAAUCUUAGUCCGAAGUUGUCUCUUCAUUGGGGUCUGUUGAGCCACUCUUUGUCUGGUCCGUCCCCUAAAACCUGUUUGGCACGGGUGACCCUACCAGGGGUGUAAAAGCCCCCGACAGCUCCUCGGAUCACUGGGACACGCAAACUCCUUCACCAUGAUAAGGUGGUGGCUCCGGAAGGAGUAAUGUUGCAAUGUUAUGCGAAACAAACAAAACAAAAAAAAGUUGUCAUUUUUGGAAAAUUACGUUGGGGAAAACGUUAUAAUUUGGGAAGUCAAACUUCAAUGUUAAUAAAAUCAUAAUUACAAGAAAAUUCAUUAAGAAGAAAGUUGAAAUAGUUGGGGAAAAAAUGCAGAAAUGAAGAAAACAGUAAUUUUAGGAUAAUAAAGUUGUUUUCUAAUGGGGGGGGGAGUUGCAUUGUAUGAAAAUAGACUAAUUUUAUGUGGAAGAAGAAUGUCAUUUUAGAGUUGAAAUAUUGAAGAAGAAAAUGAAAGUAAAUGAAUCUAUUUAAAGUGGCAAAGUUAGGAGACACAAAACAAAAUAAAAUUGUCCUUUUUGGAAAAUUAGGUUGGAGAAAAAAAGUCAUUACUGGAAUGAUUUUAUAGGAUAAUAUUACGAGAAGAAAAUGUACUUGAAAAAAGUUUUAAUAUUUGGAAAAUGCAGGGAAAAAAAUAGCAAAUGUUGAUGCUAAAAAUAAAAAAUGGGUCCUUUCAUUUUUCACAUAUGUGGCCAAUGCUGGAAAAAGGUAAGGGACACCCCCUCAUAUAGCCAAAUGCUUUGGAUCCGCUUUCUAAGUGCGAGGCGCCAGAAGACUUCGGGGGGAAGUGCAACAGCUUGAGAAAAAUAAAGACUUAUUUUGUCAAACCUGCUACCAGUUGUGAUUAAAGGCCAGAUGAAAUGAUUUGGAGUUCCUAUGUUGAGAAUAAACAUGUCUGGGCGUGGGCAGAAAAUAUUCAAAUACGGAAAAUCCGACUUUGAAAACCCCUGCUCUACUAUAGCUCACGCCAGGAGUUGCCAGGAUCGAUUAGAUCGUCUUUCCUCAAAACUGUCCAAUAUGAUAAGGGAUAUGAAUCAUUUUCAUCUUGUAAAAAAAAAAAUGAAAGCCACAAAUAAUUUUCAUCAUUUGUCGAACACAAAUUGUCUUUUGCCAUGUUUUUGCUGUCAUGCCCAGCCAACAGAUAACCAAGUCAACGCAUUCAAUAUUGAUGGGGGAUUUUUUAGACAUGAAUCAUUUUGGCUUGAACUGUGUCCGUUUGUACAUUUUACAUUUUACAGUUUUCAGAGUCAAUAGCAGAUAGUAAAAAUAGAAGGUUUAACAAUCAUUUGUACAUCAAAUACCAGAUUCCUGCUUGUACCGAGUACAGAGUUUGCCUUGAAAAGUUAUUAAAUCCAAACAUUUGUGAAGAUAUUUUAUUCCCCGACAUGAAACAACAGUUUUAUAACGGAGCUGUAUCCCUGUUUUCAGUUUUUCAACAAAAAAAAAGGAAGGAUCCUGUGCUGGAAUGUUACACCUUUUGCACUACCCCCACCCCCUCCUUAAAACGGAAUGAGAGGCUUUAGGUGAUUGCUAAUGCUAGUUUCAAUCCAAAGUUUGGUGGAGGAAGUGCGGUGGGAUUCCUUACCCGGCGAUACGGGUCGGUAAACGGAAUGAAGGUUGGGAUAGUUCAUUCGUAGAGUUGACUUUUUUUUCUCUUAAUAUUUUAAGUGUACUUAAAAAAAAUGGAUUCCCAACCUUGAUGUUGCAAAUAUUUUUCCACAGAGAUGCAGGACGUAGUAAUACUAACUAAAACUAGUACAGCUGACAUACAAGUGAGACUUGAACGUGACGGUGAUACAUUUUGUGCGUCUUGUUUCUUUGGGUUUGUCUUUUUUUUGUGUUGUUGUUUUGGGGGCUUACGUGUGAUAAGUUGGCUGUUACAACUAGGGAUGCUCCGAUCAAGGUUUUAUGCUGCCGAUUCCGAUACCGAUCAUCCAUGAGUGAAAUCAGCCAAUACGCACACCGAUAACAUGGAUUAAUUUUUUUUUUAUUCUAUUUAUUUAUGAUGAGUGCUAUUGGCCAGGGGUGUCGUGUAAGGGGAAAAGUUAGGACAAUUCCCCUAACAGCCAGGGGGCCCAAAAAAUAAGUAAUUAAUCAUUAAAAAAUGUUUUAAAUAAAAUUUUAAUAAUAAAUAUAUAUAUAUAUUUUUUAAAAUAAAAUAACCCUUUUUUUAAGGGUGAUUUUUUUUUUUUUUUUUUUAACGUUAUGGCCCAGAAUUGCUGGCUGCACCCCUGCUAUUGGCUAUAUGAUGUGAAAAAGGAACAAUAAAAUCACUUUAAUUUAGACAAAAUCAUAUUUCACUUACUUUUUCAUGAGAACAUUUUUCACUGGUGAAAUUUCCAGAGGGUGAGACGACUUCUUGAAGGAGACUUUGAUGUGAGAGUACAUUGGCGCAGCUCUAGCGGGACUUGCAGGUGGCACGUAGGUGGGCUCCAAGUGAGAGAGCAAUCAGCAAACUUGGUGUCUUCCACCGCUGAGAAAGGCUGCUAAUCUUGUCCGAUCAAUUCAAUAGUUUUUCGGCUUAUUUGCUUAGCCUUCUGACCGUCAUGCACAUACUGUAUGUGCGUUGACUGAUGAGCACACCGUGAGCCUUGAAUACUCACCGUACUCCCUCAAGUGUUUGUUCUUUGAAUGCCGACCG